AUAAAUGCCCGGUCACACCGUAACCUCUCCAUCCUUUCUUCAUAAUUCCAUUGCUCAAAAAUCAAUACAAUAGAGCUAGUAACCUGCAAGAACUUGACCUGCAUAUACUAAACUCAGCCAUGGAUAAAAGAAAGUCCUGUGUUCUUCUGGCUUUCUUUCUUGUAUUCGUCUCCUGGGAAGCCUACGUUGUUCAAGGCAUAAACAGGAAGGACCCUCUUGAUCCUGCUAUAACGCAUUAUGAGAUGAGGCCUAAGUUGCCUUCAGGUCAUGAACAAGCUUUCUGCCUGGCCAGAGGGAAAUGCCAAUUCAAGACACUCGUGUGUCCAGAUCAAUGCAAAGUAAGGAAGCCUGUGCAAAACAAGAAGCAGAAGGGAUGCUUCGUUGACUGCAGCAGCAGAUGUGAAGUCACUUGCAAGUGGAGAAGGCCUAGAUGUGACGGAUAUGGUUCUCUUUGUUAUGAUCCUCGGUUUGUUGGUGGUGAUGGUGUGAUGUUCUACUUCCAUGGAGAAAAGGGAGGAAACUUUGCCAUUGUCUCUGAUGAUAAUCUACAAAUCAAUGCACACUUGAUCGGAACUCGACCACAAGGGAGGACUCGUGACUUCACAUGGGUGCAGGCCCUCUCUAUCAUGUUUGACACUCACACACUAGUCAUUGCAGCAAAGAGGAUCUCACUCUGGGACGAUAACGUUGAUGCUCUUUUAGUAAGAUGGGAUGGUGCCACAGUUGACGUCCCGACUGAUGGAGAGGCAGAAUGGAGGACUAAUGGUGAAGAAAGAGAGGUUUUGGUUGAAAGAACUGAUGAUACUAAUACUAUAAGAGUUACAGUUUCAAAUUUGGUGGAGCUAAAUAUAAAGGUAAGACCAAUUGGGAAAGAAGAGAACAGGGUUCAUAAAUACCAGUUGCCAGAGGAUGAUGCUUUUGCUCACUUGGAGACACAGUUCAAGUUUUUCAACCUGACAGAUCUUGUUGAAGGAGUUUUGGGCCAGACUUACAGGCCAGAUUAUGUUAGCCCUGUCAAGACUGGAGUUCCCAUGCCAAUGAUGGGUGGAGAGGACAAGUACCACACUCCAUCUCUCUUUUCACCUCUUUGCAGCUUUUGCAGAUUUCAAAGGCAGUAUAGCUAUGAAACAACUAAGGGAGUAUCUGAAUACUGAUAACAGAUAAUAUAAGUAAAGAUUAGCGAAUUUGACGUCUAUACGUAUGUGGUUCUAUAUCCUAUAACCUUUGUAUUUGGAUUGAAUUCAUAAAUAAAGGCAAUAAAAUUUGAAUAUUUGUCAGGGUCAUUAAUUUAGCAAUGUUUUUUCUUGGUAGAGUUUUUACUUGGAAAUAGCUUAGCUUCAAAGAGAGAUUGAUUCACUUGCAUUAUUGAAAAUACUUUCUUAUGAUUUGUUUUCAAAAUAUUUUUGUCCUGAGCUUAUUAAAGUCUGCAGUUCUGUGGCUGCAAUGAUUCAUGGAGGACUACGUAGCUGGUGAAAACAGUUACUGCUGUCGUUCACAUAUGUGCUUUCUGUGCAGCCAUUGAAGGUGAUUCUUUGAAUGCUAAAAUCUUUCUAUUCCAUCCCACCAGUCUUCUCUGAGAUCUGCAGCUUUGCUAGCGCUUCUAUGGAUUGAGCAACCUCCAUAUGAAACAAACGAAAAAUUCCCCGUCAUUUGAUUGGAGGGAAACUUUUCCUUUCAACGAGAGGAAAACGUUUCAAAUGUAUCUCUUCUUCUGUGAUUUCCUCGUCUAAAAAGCUCCUGAUAUCAUUUCUGAUCAAAGUUGAGUCAAUCUAGAAUUUCCGAA